AUGGAAAGCGAGGAUAACAUGAAGGAAUAUACAAUGAUUUCGGGAAUGGUUAAGAACAGAUACUACACAAUUUAUGGAGUGAUAGUAGAUUGGCUGGAGUGGAAAAGAUGCCGAGGAGGAGAUUACAUGAUGACCUUGGAUCUGAUUGAUGAAUGUAUGAAAAAAUUAUCUGUUAAGAUUUUCAGUCCAAAGAAAAUAUUCUCUAAAGGAUUCUGUGUUGGAGAGGUUGUAAAGAUAAGGAACCUAAGGAUUUACGAUGCAUGCAGGGCGGUGACUGAUCGUAGCAAUGACAUUGAGGUGAUAUUCACGCCAUACGAAUCUCCCAGCGAUGUUAUUGCUCCUUUUCCAAAGCGGCUUAUGGAGUUUUUUAAUCAGAACAGGGAAAUUUUUGUGAAAGAAAGGAAAAUAUCUGAAAUAGAGGAGGGAAGGUAUUUUGAUUUCAACGGAGAGUUGAUAGACAAACAGAAGGAAAGAUGCAACUUAAUUCUCCUUAGAUUUGUAGAUUAUAGCAGAAACAAGCGGGUUCAGGGCCAAGACACCACCGAGAACUAUCCAAAGGACAUGGUUCUGAUUGUGAAAGCAUGGGGAUGCUUUGCCAUGGAAGCCGAGAAGUGCGAAAUUGGGGGAUGGUAUAGACUUAGGAAUCUGAAGGCAGACGAAGUGGGAUAUCGUUUGUAUGCAAGUCUGUCUGAGUCAAGCAAGGGGAGCAUUUCCAACAUAGGAAGAGACACGACUCUCGGGAAGUACUUCCAAACAAAAAAGGACAAGUACAUGGAAGGUUUUGCACUCCGGCAAGGAGGAAUGAAGGUUCCGGAUGGAAUUGCAAGAUACAGACUGACUGAAAUUAAGGACAUACUUUUGCCAGGUGUGUACCGGAUUAGGGUUUGUAUAAAAAGAUAUAUGCCAUCUGGAGGAAUGGAAGUGUUUUUCUGCAAAACCUGUGGAUCGGAAGACAGAGGAGUAGAUGGAGAUUGCAAAUGUAGUAUUCCCGAGAUAAAGAAAAUCAAGGUAGUAAAAUUGCUGCUCUGGGAUGGGAAACAGGAGAUAAUAGCUGUAUGCCGAAACAAGCUUGUAGAACAUAUAUUUAUCAAGGAAAACGAUGGAUAUCUAAGCAGAAGAAUGUUUGAUUGCAUGAUUCUGAACGUUAGGGGUGUGGAGGGAAUGGUCUACCAUCUUAUUGAUCUUGGCUUUUUUGAAGUCGAAAAGGAAGGUUGA